AUGAAACCAAGAGAAUACUGUUGCUGUGCCCUUCCUCUCAUCAAUGCUGGAAUAUAUGCUGCAUUGACGGAGCAGUUCGUUGCUGCUUUUGUCGCAGGCAUCCUUUCAAUGGCGACACCGUCUAUUGUCGCAGCCGCCACUCCCUCGUUUGCAUCGUCGCUAUUUGGAAUUGUCUGUCUCGUCACCGCGGCUCUACAGGUACUAGGAUUCAUCGCAGUCGCAAAGGAAAAUUCUAUUCUAUUUCGUGGAUAUCUGAGCCUUCAUACCAUCAUGGCCCUCGCAGUUUUCUCAUUGGGCGCGGCUUGGACGAUUGUCUCUGCAACUCACUAUUCUACCGCCAAGUCAAAUUGCAUCAACAACUUCUUUGAUACUUCAAAUAGUGACCAAGCAUCCGAAGCCGAUACUCUGUCAAAUUUUCCCGUCGAUUACUUUGGGUAUCAUGGGCGGUUUGUGGAUCCUAUUUGCCAUUGUGCAUGUUUAUCUUACAACGCCCUCAACGAUUCUGCUGGCAGUAUUCCUAUGAAUACCCUCGGGGACCCUCCGGGCACUAGACCAACGGCUAUAUACAAUUAUUCGCAGUAUCCACCGCUGCCUGCAAAUGCCCUCACAACAGACGAACAUCAGACACCCCCCAAGUAUAGCAACUCCUUCUAUGGGGGACCAUCGCCUCAUGGAGAAAAGCCUGCUCAUACACAAUCUCAUCCGGGUCAGUUAUGA